UACACUUUAAAAAACACACACAUUUGAUUACACUUAGGCAUCAUUUUCGUGUAAAAAAUAUGUUUUAUGUAAAACUUUGCAACAAAGUUUAUCUGUCUUCUCACUGGCUAAAAACCAGGAAGUUAAUUUGAGGGGCGCGAAAACACACGGCUUUUAUACUGAGAAUCGAUAAAGCGUCAAAACAUUUCACAUUUCUGUAGUGACUGUCUUAGGUUUUUCAUACCUUUUCUGUGAUCAUGUGUGAAAAGCUGAGGAAGGUGAACAGCUGGUUGGGGACGGUGUUUGGGGAUCAGCCAGUGCCACCGUUUGAGGUGAACACCAGGACAGUGGACAUACUGUAUCAGAUGGCUCAGUCCAGUGAAGCCCGCUGCAGUGAUACUGCUCUCCUCACAGAAGACUACAAGCAGAAAACAUCAGAGUAUCAGGCUGACGCUGCUCACCUUGAGGAUGUUCUUCUGCAAGGUGUCGGCCUGUCUGGGGCAAGCUUGUCAAAGCCGACUGCAGACUACCUGUCUGCUUUAGUGGACAAUGCGAUGGUGCUGGGAGUGAAAGACACGUCACUCACCAGCUUCAUGCCAGCAAUCAACAACCUCACCGGUGAUCUUCUGGAAGUCGAGAAGUCAAACAGAAAACUCGAAAGGGAACUUAGGGCGCUCCAAAAAAGACUCGGUUCAACUCUGGUGCUGCGGGGAAACCUACAAGAGGAUAUCGACAAAACUACCAAAUCUCAAGCAGUGGAGAGUGCGAAAGCAGAGGAGAGGCUGCUCAACAUGGACUUUGUGACGGCCAAGGCUCAAGAGCUCAGUAUCAGACAGCAGAGGUCAGAGGCUCAGCUUGUAUCCAGGAACAUGGACAAGUCCAUCACCCACCAGGCCAUUGUGCAGCUUUCUGAGGAAGUCGGCGCACUGCAAAACGAAAUAAUCCCCCUGAAAAAGAAGCUGGAGCCGUACAUGGACCUGAGCCCGAGCCCAUCUCUUGCACAAGUGAAGAUAGAAGAAGCAAAAAGAGAACUAGCUUCUCUCGACUCCAAACUUGAGACAAAGGUGGAUUUUAAAUGAAGUUGCCUGUUGCACAGUCCUUUCUUUAAAAAUAAAGUAUUUGCACGCUUUUUUUUUUCUUCUUUUCUACCUUUACGUGUCUUUAUCAUUAAUGUUAAAAAGAAAAGUGAUUUGAGGCAUUUUGGGUCACCUAAAAUACCUCAAACCUCUUCUUUGCCUCUCUCCUCCUUUGCCUUGGAACCUUACUUAAGUAGAGGUUAAAUAUUUUGGAGAUUUUGGACACUAAUAAAAAGCUCACACAGAAUCCAUAUUAGUUCAUAUACCUUGAACAUUUUUAUAUUUUACAAUCUGUAUAACUAGUUUAUUUUGUCUUGUAUGUUUACCAACAAAACAUUGUUUGCAUGCUCGUGUCUAGAAACGGGUACGAUUUUCUGAUAAGAUUUUAGCUUUCUUAUUUUGAUCAAAUACGAAAGGUAAAAAUAAAACUCUAGUGCUAAUGUGUA